GUGUUUUGUGUGUUUCUUAGAUGCAGACAUUUGUUAAGUAUGCUGAAAUAAGUAAAUCAUAUCUUUAGAAAAUUAAAAAAUGUAAUGUAAAACACUCACUUAUAUACAUCUGUAUUACCCAAAUAGAGUCUAGCAAAUGUAAACUAUUCAAUUGAUUUAAUUUGUGCAAAUCUAAUCGAUUAAUCAAUAUAAUAUAAUUGAUAUAUUUUAUCAAAAAAAGUGUUUAUAUCAGGAGAAUCACUAAACAACUCUUUCCAGUACGGAUCGGGUAGUGUCAACAACACCUGAAUUAUUACAUUACAUUUUUUAUUAGUAAUAGUAUUAUGACAACAAUUUUAUUAAAACUACCCAAAAUUGCCGUAAAUUGUUUCGUCGUACUUCAGACAGGAAGUAGACGCAUUUCCGCGCAUGCGCAGUACAAAUCGUGUUUCCGGUACGGAUCGAGUAGUGACUGCGUCACGUUGUCAAGAAUACAAAAGUGGAAGAGAUCCACCGAGGGUGCUUCAGUAUGGACAACACCCAGACAUCCAGUGAUGAUGAUGUUCAUGCAGAAAUCAGCUGGACAUCAAGUUCAUCAAAUUCAGAUUCAGAAAGUUUAGCUGAGGCCAGGAUGAAUUUCCGGUCUCUGCCACGGUCCUUCCAUUUUAGAAACAUUCACCACAGUUUAAUGCAGGAGAAAAAAUCACACUCACCAGAGCCCAGCAUUGUGUCUAUGAAGAGUGACUGGUCUAUGGAUCCUCCACCUCGUUUAAGUGAUAGAAAGAAAUCAUCGGUCUUAACAAAGUGUGGCAGCAUUGUGUCUAUGAAGAGUGACUGGUCUAUGGAUCCUCCACCUCGUUUAAGUGAUAGAAAGAAAUCAUCACUCCUCGGAAAAAGAAGAUCAAUGAAAAUGAUGAUGUCACAAUUACAAGUACCCAGUCAUGAGUCAGUGAAGAGUGAGUGUUCAGUGAAUCGGCCAAAACUUUUGAGUCAUCAAUUUAAACUCAACAUGAUUAGAUCAAAUCUAAGAAAGACAUUUGAGUUUCUGUAUGAAGGAACAGCAAAGCAGGGAAACCCAACACUCCUGAAUGAUAUCUACACAGAGCUCUACAUCACAGAGAGUGAGAGUGGAGAGAUCAGUAAUGAACAUGAGGUGAGACAGAUUGAGACACUAUCCAGGAGAGCUGCAACAGAGGACACACCGAUCAAAUACAGUGACAUCUUUAGACCUUUACCUGGACAAGACAAACCCAUCAGAACUGUGCUGACAAAGGGAGUCGCUGGCAUUGGAAAAACAGUCUCUGUGCAGAAGUUCAUCCUGGACUGGGCUGAAGGGAAAGAAAAUCAGGACGUCCAGCUCAUAUUUCCACUUCCUUUCAGAGAGCUCAAUCUGAUGAAGGACAAAACACUCAGUCUUUCAGAUCUUCUUCAUGUCUUUUUCCCUGAAACAAAAGAAAUAGACAUUUUCAGUGAAAAAUAUGAAGUGUUGUUCAUCUUUGAUGGUCUGGACGAGUGUCGUCUGUCUCUGGAUUUUCAGAGCGAUGUGAGGCUGUAUGAUGUAAGUCAAUCAGCCUCAGUGGACGUGCUGCUGACGAACCUCAUUGCGGGGAAUCUGCUUCCCUCUGCUCUCAUCUGGAUCACCUCCAGACCAGCAGCAGCUGAUCUCGUCCCCUCUGAGUGUGUCCAUCGAGUGACAGAGGUACGAGGCUUCAAUGAUCCACAGAAGGAGGAAUACUUCAGGAAGAGAAUCAGUGAUCAGAGUCUGGCCGAUAGGAUCAUCUCACACCUGAAGUCAUCAAGGAGCCUCUUCAUCAUGUGCCACAUCCCAGUGUUCUGCUGGAUCUCAGCCGCUGUUCUGGAGAAGAUGUUGAGUCGAGCAGAGAGUGGAGAGAUUCCCAAGACUCUCACUCAAAUGUACACACGCUUCCUGAUCCUUCAGACCAACAUCAAACAUGAGAAGGAUUAUGAGAAUUACGUGACAGAUGAAGAUAUGAUCCUCAAACUGGGAAAACUGGCUUUUCAGCAGCUUGUGAAAGGCAAUGUGAUCUUCUAUGAGGAAGACCUGAGAGAGUGUGGCAUUGAUGUGACAGAAGCAUCAGUGUACUCAGGAUUGUGCACUCAGAUCUUCAGAGAAGAGCUUGGCUUGUAUCAGGGGAAAGUCUUCUGUUUUGUUCAUCUGAGCAUUCAGGAACAUCUAGCAGCUCUAUAUGCACACAUCUCCUGUACAAACAACAGGAGAAAUGUGUUUGAACAAAUCACCAAACAAACUUAUGAUGCCAUGAAAACUCAGCUGGAACGUGAUCUGAGAAGACAUCAUGUCUUGCUUGUAGAAUCUUUGCAACAAUUUAAUUUUGGCCUUUCCAUGGAACAUAAGAUAUUUGAGCUGCAUCAGAGAGCUGUGGAUGAGGCUCUACAGAGUAAAAAUGGACAACUGGACCUUUUCCUGCGGUUUCUUCUGGGUCUGUCAGUCGAGUCUAAUCAGAUUCUCCUACAAGGACUAAUGACACUGAGAAGAAGCAGAUCUGACAGCAAUGAGGAAACAGUUGAGUACAUCAAGAAGAAGAUCAAGACCAUUAAUUCUCCAGAGAAAUCCAUCAAUCUGUUCCACUGUCUGAAUGAACUGGGUGAUCAUUCACUAGUGGAGGAAAUACAGCAGUAUCUGAAAUCUGGAACAAUAAAGAAAACCAAACUCUCUUCAUCUCAGUGGUCAGCUGUUGCUUUUGUGUUGUUGACAUCAGAGGAGAAGCUGAAUGAGUUUAGGCUGAAUGAAUUUGUUGAAGCAGAAAAUAAAGCUGAUCACAUUCUUCACAAGUUGUUGCCUGUGAUUAAAGAAUACAGAAGAGCUGAGUUUAGUGAUUGUGGUGUCACAGAUGAAGGUUGUGCUGCUCUGGCUUCAGCUCUGAGCUCAAACCCCUCACACCUGAGAGAACUGAAUCUGUCUGGAAAUAAAUUAGGAGAUUCUGGUGUGAUGCUUCUCUCUUCCGGACUUGAGAAUCCUCACUGUAAACUAGAGAUACUCAGGUUGAAUGAUUGUGGUGUUACAGGUGAAGGUUGUGCUGCUCUGGCUUCAGCUCUGAGAUCAAACCCCUCACACCUGAGACAACUGGAUCUUUCCAGGAAUAAUCUAAGAGAUUUUGGAGUUAAGCUUAUCUGUGCUAAACUCAAGAAUCCUGACUGUAAAUUGGAGAUACUGGGGUUGAGCCGGUGUGGAAUCACAAUUGAAGGAUGUGCUGCUCUGGCAUCAGCUCUGAUAUCAAACCCCUCACACCUGAGAGAGCUGGAUCUGACUCAGAAUAGACUCGGAAAUUCAGGACAUGAACUGCUCACUGCUCUAUUAAAUUCUCCACAUUAUAAACUGGAGUCAUUGCAUGUUUACAGGUAUCCGAUGACAUUCUCAUCUUUCCUUAGCCUCAAAUUUCCACACCGAAAUCCACACCGACUCCGUCCCCACACACUUACAGAAUAAUAUGCCACUCGGACAGCCUCUCUCCACUUUAACUCCAGUGCAGCCAACGAAGUUGGCGAAGUGGUGAAGAGAAUGAAGCUGGGUAAAGCAACUGGGCCAGAUGAUUUGCCAGCAGAUGUGUGUCACAAUGCUGGAAUUCGGUUUAGUGGCUAGCACAUUUCUUCAGCCUGGUUGAAGAAAUUCUCUCACAGAAGAAGACGCCUGUUGACUGGCAGGUCAGCGUGACAAUUCCAGUCUGGAAGAAGAACGGCAACCCGGCUGAAUGCGCCAACUACUGGCCAAUUCAAUUGCUCUCGAUUCGAUUUCUCUCUUAGAUUUUUGAAUGAAUCCUGGAUAAGUGAUUUUGCAACAUUAUACACCUCACAGCAAAGAACUGUGGGACACAAUUCACUCCGCCCGGCUCCUGUUUGAGAAGCAUUGAAAAGGCAUUUGACCAUGUUCCCCAUGAAGCCAUUUGGCAUGAAUUAAAAACCCAUGAAGUUCCUGAGGAACUCAUCGAACGGGUAAAGUUGCUGUAUGAGGAACCAAAAAGCAGAGUGCAGGCAACCGCUGGAACAAUGAAGGAGUUAAAUUUUUCUGUGAGUGUCCACCAAGGUUCUGUGUUAUCACCGCUCCUAUUUAUUUUUGUGAAGGACUGUUACAUGAGACCUCUAUGAAGAUGACAUUAUGCUUGCGGCCAAAAAGAAAGCCAACUUCGAGUAGAAUGUCCAGGCAUGGAGCAACUGGCUGCGAUGGAUCUCCAGCAUCACAAGCUUUGACUACACCUGUAAUGAUAACAUUCGGCAGUGCUAUGGUGUUGCUUCAAUAGAUGACAAGCUACGUGAAGCCCAGCUCCGGUGGUAAAUAAUAAAUAAGUAAUCUAAUGACUAAGCAAGUUUGAGUGGUGUGUGGAACAUUUUCUAGCAAUUUUUCUAGCUUGAACUGAAAACACUAUAUGAAGUCUCUUGCUCACACACACACACACAUAAUGACACUACUGACAUUUUAGAGCUGCUUUACAGCAGAAUUGAAAUUUGCUCAUAUUUAAAGUUUGCAUUAUUUUCCUAUUUAUUACUGUAAUGUUGCUUUGAAACUAUCUGUGUAAAAAUAUAAAUAAACCUGACUUGACAAACA